AUGACCAACACAGCAAUCGUCCCGCGCCGUGCUGCGCGCGGGGCGCUCUGGCGGGCGGGCUCCUCCGUCAUCAUGGGACUGACGGGAGUUCUGGGCAAGAGUUUCCUGUAUGGGCUGAAUAGGGUACACCUGGAAGGUCUAGAUGACCCUGUAAUAUGGGGCGUCCUACCCCUGCGCUACGCCUUUGAUCCUUGGAAUCUUCGUUGGAGCUUGGGUGCCCAGGACAUCUGCUUCAAGAACAAAAUCAACCCACCCCUCGAACCCCUCGACCUCCCCCCUCCUCAUCCCCACCCCCACCUCUCCUGGGUCCACGUCUUCCCCGAAGGCUGCGUACACCAGCACCCAACCUCCUCCCUCCGCUACUUCAAAUGGGGCAUCUCCCGCCUCCUCCUCGAGUCCGACCCCACCCCAGACUUCGUCCCCAUGUUCAUCGACGGCACCCAGCGCGUCAUGGCCGAGGACCGCACCUUUCCCCGGUUUCUGCCCCGCAUCGGCAAGGACAUCACCGUCGCCUUUGGCGACCCCGUCGACGGUGAGGGCCCGCCCCUCGCCGCCGCCGAUCCUCUGGAGCCGCCCCGGGGCGUGGAUCCGGCCGCGUGGCAAGAGGUUGUCGAUGUCAGGAUAGAAACGGCUCGGCGAGUCAGGGACCAGGUCGCGGCCUUGCGCACGAGGCUUGGGUACCCCGACGACGACGUGAAGCUCGAGUUGGCCGAGACGUGGAAGAGGGAAAAGGUGGAGGAUGCCGGAACGACGACGCUAGGCCAAGAACACGUGUCGAGUAAGAGGUAG